GAUUAUGGAAGCUUGGCCGAUCUGAAGCGACGUGUCAAAGAAGUUCCUGAAAAUCUCCUCGCUCUUAUUCUGAUGCAGAUCCUGGAGGGUCUGAAAAUCUUGCACCUCAACAACGUUGUGCACAGAGAUGUGAAGCUUGGCAAUGUCCUCAUCAACUCCCGUGGAUCUGUCAAGGUCACAGACUUCGGAAUCUCCAAAAAUCUCGGACACGCGUUGACAGUCUGUGACACCUUCGUGGGCACCGCCACCCACAUGUCUCCAGAGCGCAUCGAGGGGAAGGACUACAGCUUCGCUGCUGACAUUUGGAGCUUGGGUCUGUGCGUCUACGAGCUUGCAUGUGGUGUGUAUCCUUAUGGGAGCGUUGAGCCAUUUUUACUUCUCUUGCACAACGUGUGCCACAGGCCCGAGCCUCGCCUCUCCGCGGGCCGUUUCUCGAGAGAGCUUUGUCAAUUCGUCGAGGUUCAACUGUGCAAGAAGCCGGAGAGACGAUGGAGUGCGAUCGAACUGCAGGCAUCCGAGUUUAUCCUCGUCAACUUGCCCAAAGUCAGUGAGGCAGCCCUAAUUCGAUG